AUGAUUCCAAGGCCACAACACCCAUGGUUUGACAAGUUUUACAGGAAUUGUCAAAUACCAGAAAGUUAUUUUAGAGAGCAGUUACGUUUGAAUGCUGAUACUUUUGAGGAACUUCUAAAUAUACUACGACCAUCACUGACGCGCAAAAGUACAUUUUUACGUGACUGCAUCCCACCAGAAAAAGUGCUAGCUCUUGGUCUGUACCAACUCGCUCAUGGCAACUCCUAUAGUACAAUCGCAGCUACAUUUAAUGUUGGCAAAACUACUGUGAUUGAAGCGACGCAAGAUGUGGUGGAAGCGUUAUGUGAAAUUGUUGAAAACUACAUCAGAUUUCCAACUACAGAGGAUGAAGUUAUAGAAGCCAGAGAGACUUUUGAAUCAUUAACAGAUAUCCCUAAUGCUGUAGGCGCUAUAGAUGGUACACAUAUCAGAAUACAAAACCCUAAAGACAGGACCAGAUAUUUUAGUCGAUACCAAUAAUAGGAUGUAGUAGUUCAAGCAGUAGUCAAUGGAGAAAAGCGUUUUCUAGACGUCGCUGCAGGUUUUCCCGGGAGCAUGCAUGACGCUAGAAUUUUCAAGAAUAGUGCUAUUUGCCAAAAAAUCAUGAAUGGAGAACUUUUGAACGAACCAACUGUAAGAGUACAAAAUAGAGAAGUAAAACCUUUCCUGUUGCGUGACAGCGCAUAA